AAUGAACACGUCACUUACACGUUUUUUCUGCAUGGAUACAAGGGAAAUUGAUACAAUUAUUAAACGCUAUGUGAAUACAACAGAUUAUUACAAAGGGGUUUUCAACCCAAAAGUUAUUCACAGAAAGCUUCAGUUACGUAAACCUGGUUCGGUUUUUGUUGUCAAUACUUCUCCACUUCCGAAUAACGAGAUUCAACAUCUGCAUUGGGUGGCGAUGUAUGUUUUGGAUGAGAAUGAAUUAGAAUUUUUUGAUUCCUUCGGAAAAUGGCCAGAAUUUUAUGGAGGCUACGUAGCAUUAUUCGCUGAUAGUUUUCGGGAGUGUAAUUGGAAUGAUCAUUGUUUCCAAGGAAAUGAAUCUCAAGUAUGCGGUGGUUAUUGUUGCUAUUUUGCAAUACAUAGAUGCUCCUACGGCUCACUACAAAGCCUAAUUGAUGAAAUGAAGGAAAAGGGAAUCAAUGAUAAUUGGAUGCAUGAAAGCC